UUUGAGCUUUGAGCCGGUCGUUGCUAUCGGCGGGGGGGUUGAUAGUUGAUACUUUGAUAGACAACGAUUUGAUUGACAGUUAGAAAAUAUUUUACUUCUAAUGGUCAAUUUAUUGUACAGUGGACAUUGAAUUAUUAAUUAAACACUCCUGUAUAUUUUAUAGUAGUGUGUGACAAACGAAACAAUGAUAAUUCCAAGCCCGUUUGUUUACUGGGCCCAAACUGAGAGUACCAUUUCAUUAAAGAUAGAAUUAAAAAAUGUUGUUGAUCCUGAUGUGAAAGUUCUCGAAAAUAAUGUAAAAUUCUCAGCUCAAGGAGUUGGUGCCCGUGGCGAGAGUUUAUACGAAUUUAAUUUGGAUUUAUUUUCAUCUGUAAAAAAUGCGGAAAACAAUCAUGUUACCACAGUCCGUGUGUUUGAGAACCGAGUGGACAUUGUCUUGCAAAAAGAGAAGGUAGCAUGGUGGCCCCGAUUGACUGCUCAGCCACAGAAACCAGCAUGGCUAAAGAUAAACUUCGAUUUAUGGAAGUCAGAAGACGCGGCUGACAGUGAGGACGAGAAACGCGACGUGAUGAAGGACUAUCCGGGGAUGUACGACAAACUGCAUAAAGAGGAACUGGGAUACAGGAGAGAGGACCUCAAGAAAGUCUACCUGAAACUAUACAACCUAUUCCAAUUCAUCGGCUAUAUGUACGUGUUGACUGUAAUGGCGAUACGGUACGCUAAACUGGAUUACGACUCUGUAGCUGAUACUUAUGAACAUGUUGGACCUGCCAUGAAGUUCUUACAGCUGCUUCAGUAUUUAGAAGUCAUGCAUCCAUUGUUCGGGUACACUAGGGGUGGUGUACUGGUGCCGUUCUUACAAGUGAGUGGGCGAGCGUUCGUGUUAUUUGUAAUGAUCGAAGCGGAGCCCCGCAUGCACACUAAACCCGUGGUCUUCUACCUGUUCGUCAUGUGGAGCAUGAUCGAAGUCGUCAGGUAUCCCUACUACAUAUCACAGCUAUACAAAAAGGACUUCUACAUCCUAACCUGGCUGCGUUACACCAUGUGGAUCCCACUCUACCCAAUAGGUAUCAUCUGCGAAGCCAUAGUCAUUCUCCGUAACAUACCGUACUUUGAGGAAACACAGCGGUUUACUGUCUCCUUACCAAAUGAGUGGAACUUUGCUUUCCAUAUGCCAACCUUCCUUAGAGUAUACCUUCUCUUCCUGACCUUCCCUGGAAUGUAUUUCGUAAUGAGUCACAUGCACAAACUACGUACCGUCAAGCUGAAGCCAAAGAUUGUCAUUAAGAAAUCCAAAUAAGUAAGACUUUUACAUGAAAUUUAAUAUUCUAUGGUAUAUGGGGUAAUAGAUGUUUUAGUCAAAUUCAAAAAAGCAUUUAUGGUCGUGGAUAGAACUUAGGAUUAUAAUUUUUAUAUUGUUUACAUGGUAUAUGCGGCUUUAUCACAUAAUCGAGGAGUGUGCGAGUAGUUUCGAGCCACGAUAGGUUUUAUAGGCCCUGGCGUUACUUGAAAUUAUUCGAGUAAAUAAUUGUAAUAACUUUCAUGAAUAUAUGCCAUUAGCAUGCCUCGAGAUAGCUUUGGGAAAAAAAAACAAUUUUACUUUGCAUUCUUAAUAUUAUGCUCAAAUCUGUUUUGUGCGUCUAUCAGUUUAACUAUAGAUAACAAAUACAUAUAUGCAAUUAAAACCUGUAUAUGUGAGUCGGCCAUUUCUCCUGCCAUUUAGCCUUUCAAAUUAGAAUAGUAUUGCCGAGCUUUGUAAAAUAUAGCCAAAAUCGAUAGGCAGUGUUAUUAAAUGUUCAGUAUUCUGUAUGUGCUAUUGAUUAGCAAUUUGCACAUUAUUAUAAAAUACAACUUAUUUAUUGGGUUUGUAUAGUCUAGAAAAGAUCUAUUAUUCUACAAAUUGAGUUGAAUUCCAUGCUUAAUGAGAUAUUAUUACAAGUAACAUGACCGAUUACGAAUUUCCUUAUGUUUGUGGAAUGAAAAAAUAAAUAAUAAGUAAAAAGUUGAUUUUGCAACAUUUUUUCUUUUAAUGUCGUAUUUAUGCCUACAUAAUAGAAGUUCAAAUCUAUUGAAUGGCAAAUAAAAAAGGUUAUUUGUGUUUGAAAAAAUUGGCAUUGAAAUUAUUAUUUAUUUUAUUAAAAAAGGUCAAUUUAUGCUGGUAUUGUCUAUGAUUACAAAUUAUUUAUUUAUUUAAAUAAUCAAGGAUAAGGUGCGCAAUUACUUUGGGAGCCUACAGGUAGGCAAUUAUGUCUCAAAUUUAAAAACUUCCAUUUUUUAUAUAGUCUUGGAAAUUAUGAAAAUACAGUCUUGUCCCUUUUACACUUUAAGAAAAAAAUUAAUAUAUAAAUAGAUAUAAUAAUUGUACAUAGUUGUUGCAUUUGAGUGGGAAACUUAUUGGGAAUUGAGCUUUAUGUGUGUGUGAUACAGUUACUAACAGCUUGUACCACUCAAUUGCAUAAUUUUUAUCAAAUAUAUGGUAUUAAGAAGCUUACAUAAGUAUGAUUUGCUGGAGUAAUUUCAUUUCAAUGAAGUGAUGAAUUUAUUUAAAAUGUUUAUAUUGUUAUUUAUUUAUUGAUAUGGAUUUGUAAUAAAUAUUCAUAUCAGUAAAUAAAUAAUGGGAAAUGUAUGGAGUGAUAAUUUAUAAGUAUUUAAUAUUUAUGUUUACAUUUUUCUAUACUCGAUGGUAUGGUGACAGUAAUAAAUGUUUUGUUAAUAAAAUUUGAUAUUGUUUUAUUGAUACAAAUACAUAAACAAAUUUAUGACUUUACAAGACCUCCUUUUUCAUACAAACUAAACUACUACAUAAAUAAAAUAAAACACACAAUAUCAUCCUAUGUUUUAUUAAAAUGAAAUCAACCUACAAAUCAAUUCACAGUAACUGCACUUGUUUUUAUCAAGUAACUUCACAAAAAGGAAUUAAGAUCACCAGAAGCUGUAACCAGCGUUACCUUCUUAAGAGCGCAGCUUGAGGUAUGCACGUUGGAACCACUCCCAGGUUCCAGAGUGGGCGUAGUACUCAUGGAAGAUGGGCUCAACCAGAGUGUCAGGGGGAAGGAGCUUGUAUACCUUCUCACCGUAGUAGGUACCCACCU